CGCUCACUUUACCUUUUCCUUCGGUACACGCCAAGCAGCACAAACAUGAUGCGACUGGCCACACUCACGAGCGCGCUGCUUGUUGCCGCCAUGGCCUCGCCCGCCCCGCUCGACAUUGGCGCCGACAACGCGCUCGCAUUUAGCGCCGAUGGCUCAAAGCCCGUGAGCCAGAUCAUCGAGCGGUCCGGCGCGACGUACAUCUCGCUUCACUUUACCUCGAUGGACCUUCCGGAGGGAGCGUCCAUUACCAUCACAUCGCUCGACGGCAGCAAAAAGGUGUCGUACACCGGCAAGCACGACGAUCUCUUCACGACGACGAUCGACGCCGACCGUGUUGUCCUUACGUACACGGCGCCGUCGUACGAGAAGACGGUGAGCGGCAGUGUCUUUGCGGUUGACAAGUUUAUCUCGGGCACUGGCGGCCCCAAGAACGUCCUCGAGUCGAUUUGCGGUGAGGACAACUCCAAGCCGUCGCAGUGCUAUGCUCAAGACGAAAAGACCAAGUUUGACACGAGCAAGGCUGUCGCGCGUCUUCUCAUCAACGGCCGGUCGCUCUGCACGGGCUGGCUCAUUGGCUCGGAAGGCCACCUGAUGACCAACUGGCACUGCAUCAAGACGGCCGACGACGCCAAGAACGUUCAGGUCGAGUUUGCUGCCAAGUGCGCGACGUGUGAGGACCCGAACAACACCAAGCAGCUUGCUUGCAAGGGCAACCUUGUUGCGUCGGAUGCCGAGUACAUUGUCUCGGACCAGAAAAACGACUUUGCGCUUGUGAAGCUCAAGCUCAAGGACGGCGUGGACCUCAAGCAGUACGGCUACCUCCAGGUCCGCCCGUCCGGCCCGGUCCUCAACGAAGAGAUCUACAUCCCGCAGCACCCGAAGGGCAACCCACAGCACAUGGCGCUCGUGACCGCAAACAACACGCCCGGCAAGAUCGUCGACUUGAGCAGCGGCAGUUGCUACACGGAAAUCCCGGAGAAGGACUACGUCGGCCACCAGCUCGACACGCAAGGCGGGUCGUCGGGCUCGCCGAUGAUCAGCACCAAGGACAACGUCGUCGUUGCCCUCCACAACUGCGGUGGCUGCAACAACGGCGGCAUCAAGAUGAACCGUAUUGUUGAGUUUCUCGCGUCCAAGAACAUCCCGCUGCCCAAGGACGCGACGGCGACCAGUGACGCGCCGACGUCCGCGCCGACGACCGCGCCGGCGACACCGACACCGACGACCCAGUCGCCGACGCCGGCCAACACGAUCUCGUUCUGCUCGAUCUCGAACCGCGUCCUCUCCGAGUACUACCAGGGUCUCUACCAGGACACGCCCAAGGGCAACAAGAACGAGCUGUUCGUCUACAACGAAGCGUCCGGUGCGCUCCAGGUGCAGAGCAACGGCGAGUGCCUCGACGCGUACGCUGCCGACGCCGGGUUCAAGCUCCACACGUGGGCGUGCGACGCGACCAUCGGCAACCAAAAGUGGACGGUCGCUAACAACCAGAUCGUCCACAAGACGCACAACGUGUGCUUGACGUCGAUCGCGGGCAAGAACGACGUGGCGCUGGCGGCGUGCGACCCGAACGAUAUUCGCCAGCGCUUCUCGACGAGCUGCAACGACAAGAACGUGCGCAGCUACGUGCAGAUCCGCACCAAGCGCGGCAAGUACAUUUCCGAGUGGAACGCCGGCUUGUACGCUGACGUCGGCCGCAACAACGCCAACGAGCUCUUUGAACUCGACAACGUUAACCAGUGGAUCAAGAGCGUCAGCAACAACGGCCAGUGCUGGGACGCGUACAAGGACAGCAACGGCGUCGGCCACCUCCACACGUACGAGUGCUCGACAAGCAACGCCAACCAAAAGUGGAUCAUCGCCAACGGCCAGAUCAAGCACGCGACGCACGCCAACUUGUGCUUGGACGUCGACCCGAACGAUUCGAACCACCGCGUGCAGGUCUGGGACUGCGGCAACAACAACGACAACCAGAAGUUUGACGUGCUCGUCUUUUAAGCCUCGACGGCCGUACCACCCACUAUAUGUACAUACGACGUAGAUGAUGAGAAUGAAUGAAUGAAAUUCGUGCUCACAUCUCACAUUUUGCUCA